AUGUCGAAAUCAACAACUAAAUCAUCAACAACUAAAGUGCCAUUGACAGAUAAAGAUCGACGUAAACAAAUAUCUAUUCGUGGCUUACCAUUGCUUGAAAAUGUAGCAUCUGUUAAAAAAACAUUUAAUCGUCAUUUACAUUUUACUGUUGUUAAAGAUCGUAAUGUAGCUACAAAUCGUGAUUAUUUUUUAUCAGCAGCUUAUACUGUACGUGAUCAUCUUGUUGGUCGAUGGAUUCGUACUCAACAACAUUAUUAUGAUAAUGAUCCAAAACGUGUUUAUUAUUUAUCAUUAGAAUAUUAUAUGGGACGAUCAUUAUCAAAUAUGAUGAUUAAUCUUGGAAUUGAAUCGGAAUUAGAUGAAGCUUUAUAUGAACUUGGUUUAUCAAUUGAAGAAUUAGAAGAAUUUGAAGAAGAUGCUGGAUUAGGUAAUGGUGGUCUUGGUCGACUUGCUGCUUGUUUUCUUGAUUCUAUGGCUACACUUGGAAUAGCUGGUUACGGUUAUGGAUUACGUUAUGAAUUUGGUAUAUUUCAACAAACAAUUAAAGAUGGUUUUCAAUGUGAAGAACCUGAUGAUUGGUUACGUUAUGGAAAUCCAUGGGAAAUUCCUCGACCAGAAUAUCAAAUUCCAGUUAAUCUUUAUGGUCGUGUUAUUGAACAAGAUGGAAAACCAAAAUGGGUUGAUACAAAGGUUAUUAUGGCUAUGCCUUAUGAUACUCCAGUUCCAGGUUUCAAUAACAAUGUCGUUAAUACACUUCGAUUAUGGAGUGCAAAAGCAGCACAAAAAUUUAAUUUUCAAUUUUUCAAUGACGGAGAUUACCUUAAUGCAGUCAGCGAGCAAAGUUUAGCUGAAAAUGUUACACGUGUACUCUAUCCAAAUGAUAAUUAUCAACAAGGCAAAGAACUUCGUCUUAAACAAGAAUAUUUUCUUGUUGCUGCUACUCUAUCAGAUAUAAUUCGACGAUAUAAACAUUCGAAAUUUGGAGUUUCUUCAACAACUCGAGAUGAUUUUAGUACUUUUUCAGAUAAGGUUGCUAUUCAAUUAAAUGAUACUCAUCCAGCAUUAACUAUUGCUGAAUUAAUGCGUUUAUUAGUUGAUAUUGAAGGUUUAAGUUGGAAUGUUGCAUGGAAUGUAACAAAACGAGCAUGUGCAUAUACAAAUCAUACACUUAUGCCUGAAGCUGUUGAACGAUGGUCAGUUGGUUUAUUACAACAUGUUUUACCACGACAUUUACAAAUUAUUUAUGAUAUUAAUUUACGUCAUCUUCAAGAAGUUUCUGUUCGUUUUCCAAAUGAUAUGAAUCGUCUUCGUGAUUUAUCAAUUGUUGAAGAAGAGGGUGAAAAACGUAUUAAUAUGGCUCAUUUAGCUAUUGUUGGAUCACAUGCAGUUAAUGGUGUUGCAAAAAUUCAUUCUGACCUUCUUAAAACAACUCUUUUUAAACCAUUUUAUGAAUUAACACCAGAAAAAUUUCAAAAUAAAACUAAUGGUAUAACACCUCGUCGUUGGUUAGUUCUUAGUAAUCCAAAUUUAAGUGAUGUUAUUGCUGAAAAAAUUGGUGAAGAUUGGAUAACAAAUCUUGGUGAACUUAAACGUUUAAAAGAAUUUGUUAAUGAUGAAGUAUUUAUACGUGAUAUUCAACAAGUUAAACAAGAAAAUAAACAUCGUUUAGCUGAAUGGCUUCUUAAAGAACAACAUCAACAAAUAAAUCCAAUGUCAUUAUUUGAUAUGCAAGUUAAACGUAUUCAUGAAUAUAAACGACAAUUAUUAAAUAUAUUACAUAUUAUUACAUUAUAUAAUCGUAUUAAAGUUAAUCCCGAUGGAAAAUAUGUACCACGUACUGUUAUGAUUGGUGGAAAGGCCGCACCAGGUUAUCAUAUGGCAAAGAAGAUUAUUAAAUUAGUCAAUAGUGUUAGUAAAAUUGUGAAUAAUGAUCCAAUUAUUGGUGAUCGUCUUAAAGUUGUUUUCCUUGAAAAUUAUCGUGUAACAAUGGCUGAACAAAUUAUUCCAGGUGCUGAUUUAUCAGAACAAAUCUCACUUGCUGGUAUGGAAGCAAGUGGAACAUCAAAUAUGAAAUUUAUGUUAAAUGGUGCUUUAACAAUUUGUACAUUAGAUGGUGCAAAUGUUGAAAUGGCUGAAGAAGUUGGAAAUGAAAACAUAUUUAUAUUUGGUAUGACAGUUGAAGAAGUUGAAAAACGUAAAAAAGAAGGAUAUAAUCCAAAACAUUUUUAUGAACAUAAUGAUGAACUUAAACAAGCUAUUGAUCAAAUUAAAAAUGGUUAUUUUUCACCUGAAAAUCCUGAUUUAUUUCAUGAUGUUGCUAAUAGUUUAUUAAGUGAAAAUGGCGAUCAUUACAUGCUUUUAGCUGAUUAUGAAAGUUAUAUUAAAUGUCAAGAUAGAGUUUCUGAACUAUUUAAAGAUCCAAUCAAUUGGACAAAGAAAAGUAUUUUAAAUAUUGCUGCAUCAGGUAAAUUUUCCAGUGAUCGUACUAUAGCUGAAUAUGCACGUGAAAUAUGGGGUGUUACACCAACUCUUACACCAUUACCACAUCCACAUGAAGGUCGACCUGGUACAAAACACGAAGGUGAAGCAGCAGCAGCAGCAGCAGCCGCAGCAGCAACAACAACAAAUAUUCAUGGUUCAUCAUCUUCACUUAAUGAACAAGGAAAAAAAUAA